UUUUGCAGUUGAUUUUUUUUACUUUUCGAUUAUACAAUAUUCCAAAAUGAACUGUUAAAUACUGAACACUUGUAACUGUUCUGACUGGAAGGUAUAUCUUGCUUUUUCAGAAUGUCUGCUCCCCCAAACAGUCCAGCAAGUGACAGUUCUGUCGAGGCAGAAAUAUGGGUCUGCUACGAGUGUCAGCUAUCAGCUAUUGACCCCUCAAAACUUGAAACAGAACUAGUUUGUAGUGAUAACACUGUUUUGACUGACGCAGAUGGAACACUCUGGCUAUACUGUGCAUCAUGCCACAGACAGUUCCAUUUAUUCUGUGUUGACAAUCUGUCAGAUAGUACAACCGUCCAUGACAUCAAUUCUGAUGGUUUUUACUGGUGUUCGCACUGUGGUUGGUAUAAGUAACUGAGCAAAUAUGGCUGAGGAACAGUUGUUAGAUUUUGGCAAAGGCAUUGCCGAUGUACCAGGAGCACUGGAUGUUAUUUCUGAAUAUUUUUGUACUGAUGAUAAUAAUGCAAGCAAUAAUGAUGUAUUGGAAGACUUUGCUGAAACAUGCUUAGAUUCUAGCCUCUGUACACCACCAGAAUACGGAGAGGAUACUGUUAAUGUGUCUGAAUUAGAUGUUGACCGCGAUGUUGUUGAAGUGACUCUUCCAACUCUGUCUAUACCCUUAUCCCAUUCUGAUUGUGAACUGGAGGUGCAAUCCUUUAUUGAAAGUGGGUGUUGUGCAUGGAAUUGCACAAAGAAGUUUCCACUUGAUAUGAUUCAGGAGUCAAGACUGGAUUGUCUUGAAUUUGAUUUUUAUUGUGAUAAUCACGUUAAUCAUCAUCAUAUCUUAAUGCUCGGAGCAUUGAAUACCCUUGUACAGAACCAGCCUCAUACCGUGAAGAAAGGUCAUGCCCCUCAGCCAAGAAAGGAGACCAGAACAACGUACAUGUUCAGAGGUGUCACAGUUUGUCGAGAAUUUUUCAUGUUUGUUUUUGGGUCGGGUAUUAAGCGUCUUAAAAACGUCAAAGAGCAUAUGUUAGUUUCUGGAAUAAAUGCCAAGAAACAUGGCAGGGCAGAUAAAACCAAUCAAUCAACAUGUCUCACAUUAGAACAGCGAAAAAAGGCUGUACAGUUCAUUGAAAACUAUGGUGAGCAGAAUGCCUUAGUGAUGCCUGGUCGCAUUUCGGGAAGGAAAAACACUGACUUAAAACUUUUGCCUUCUCACAUGACCAAAAAGCUUGUAUACGGAAAAUACGAAGAUGCGUGUCAUGACACUGACGAGGAACCCGUGUCAGUUCACACAUGGUAUGCAACAUGGAUGUUGUUUUGUUCCCACAUUGUUAUCCAAAGACCAAGAACAGAUCUGUGUGCUGUUUGUCAGCAGAACAGUAUGACCAUGUCGAAACUCAAGACUUUCUGCGACAAUAAAAAACGAGAACUUGCCAAAAGAGUUGUAGAACAUAUUGACCAAGUGACGUCUGAACGUGGAUUCUACAUUUCGAUAAUUGACGAAUGUCGUCAAGACGUUGAACUGUUGACACCCCGAACUGACCCUUUCGCCCCAUCAGCUACUGACAUACAAAGGUAA